UUGAGUGGCAUAUGCAUGAGCAUGUGCCAUGGAAAGUCAUGGCUUUGGCAGCAGAGCCGCGCUGCUGUCCUUCUUUGAAGAGUCUGGGCUCCUCGGUGCUGUGCUAAGCGGUCUUUUUGCAGUCGAGGUCUGCCAGCUCUCUCGAGCAAGCCGCACGGCGCAUCGGCUCCUUUCCCCUGAUGGCCUGUGCUGCCCGUACAUCUUCCCGAGCACGCCCGCAGCCAUGCGAGCGGCGCUGCGCUCCUGCCACUUGCCGCAGCUCAAAAGCCUCAGGCCGCCGCAGGAGCUCGAGAGCGACCCUUUCUUGGAGGAGCUCGUGGAAGGGUUGGGCAAGUGUGCCUGCCUGGAGGAGCUGGGGCCCAUAUGUAUUGACGAGAGCGGCGUAUUUGGGAGUGGGGUUGGGAGCUUUUGCUUGUUCGACACCUGGAUGCCAUCUUUGGGCCUCGCAUUUGGCAGCCUGCGAUGCUUAGAGCGUCUGUCACUUACCUUGAGAUGCGUUCACGACUCCAACGCCCUGGCGGAGAGUUUUAUUCCCGCUCUUGGCAAGUGUCCAUUGAAGUCCCUCCGCUUAGACUUAGACACGGCGUGCUCCUGUGGGGCUGACAUCGUCUCCGCCUUGGUGACGAUGCUAAUUCAUUUUGGUGACCGGCAACGCCUGGAGUCUCUGAGUUUGGGGUACCUUUGGUGGACAGAAGCCAGCGACGAGGUCUUGAUCAGCUUCAAGGAGGCGGUGGAGGCCCUGCCAUCGCUGCGCUCCGUGGCGCUGCGCUGCCCGCAGGACCCGGAGCUGGGAGCACUGGAGGCAGCCUCGUGCCUGCUGGGUGCAACUGUGGAAGAAGUGCUCGUCAUGGAUGCCUGGGGCCACGAUGGCUCAGGGUUGUCUGGCUUGCUUGAGGCCUUGAGCGCCUGUCCCUGCCUGCGGCGGCUGGAUUUGAUCGGUGAGCUGCCAGAGGGCUUCGAUGCCGUCAGCUUCCAGCAGGCGCUGCGACAGGUCGCUGUGGAUUUGAAUGUGUGCGUGAAUUCGCCCUCUGGCUUGAAGAAGGCAAUGCACAACUGCUGAGCGGAAAGUGCUGUGGUUUGCCCAGCGGAGAUGGGAUGGGAGCCUCCAAGAUCGUCCCUCAUGCUAAUGCCCUGGCAGAUGACUUUGCGUCGCGAGAAGG